AGUUUACUGAAUAGUUAUGAUAAAUUUGAAUAUCGAACAUGGAUGGUGAAAAAGAUAACGGAUAUCACAGUAAUGACAAUGAACUUGAGGUAGAGGAUGAUGACAUUGAAAAUCAUAUUCUGGAAGACUUGCAAUAUGACGUUGAUGAAACUGCAUUAGAGGAACCAGAUUAUGAUACUGUACGAAAACAAAGGUUUCAAAGAAAUCAAAAUGCAAUGAAAAGAUUCAAUACUCGCAUUGCAAACGAAACAAGUUAUUUGAAUGAAUCCGAGAUGUUACCAGCUGAAGAGAAAGCAGCAAUUUUGAUACAAAAACAUGUCAGACGAUUGUUGGGUCAACGUAAAUAUAUUGAAAUGCUAAUGGAACAAUUUGAAAAAGAAGAAAAAUUACGAAGAGAGAAAACUAUGGAACAGGUGGAAGAAGCAAAACUCCUUAUUGAAAAUCAUCAGCUGGAAGUUCAGUUUGAGGAUUACAAUGUCAUCAGAAGGAAUAAAGCUCAAAGGCUCUCUUACUAUGUUAUAACAAUUCAAAGAGCAUGGCGCAAGCAUCUAAGUGCAAGGGCUGAAAAGAAUAAUUCUGCAGACUCUAAUACCACAUCAGAUGACAAGGAACAGAACAGUGAAAUUGAAAACACCGUAAUAUAUGAACGUCUCGCUAUGAGAAUUGUAAAUCGUGCAAUAGAUAAAGCUAUAGUAAAAUUUCAAAGUUGAUGCAACAUGCUGAUUAUGCAGAAUAUCUUUUGCACUGUUGAACUAUUUUUUAGCAAUGUGAUACAAGUGCAUUCUCGUUUCCUAAGCAACAGUUAUUCUGUCAUUUUACUAUAGAUGCAAUAUAUUUUUUUACUUUCAUGUCUCACGCUCUAGAAUGUUUCAGUGUCUGUUUAUACUUUUGAUAACGAUUUAUUGAAAUAUAUGUAAAUAAUUAUUGCACAAAAA